AUGCGUACCAGCGACCGCAGUGGUGAGCCGUGCGAUGGCCCGAACACCACCCAGCGCUGCUUCGGCCGCCUGACGGACGCCUGGCGUCUCCAGAUCCCUGACGCCACUCUGAUCCCUUGCUGGGGCGAGCUGCUUAGGUCGGAGGUUGUUGUCUUUGAUCUUGAUUAUGAUGCUAUUCUUGCUGUCAUGCAUGUUGUGUCUACUAGUGAUGAGGGUGACUGUAAUCUGUGUGUUCCACCUGACCCGGACAUUAAGGCUGCUGCUCUAGGUGCUGGUGAGGCUGCUGCUCUAGGUGCUAGUGCGUCUCCUGCUCCAGGUGCUGGUGAGUCUGCUGCCCGAGGUGCUCGUGAGUCUGCUCUCUUAGGUACCACGUCGGCUCAGGCCUUGCACACCUUCACCCUUGACUCGGGUGCUUCCCGCUCCUUCUUUCGAGACCGCACCACACUGACGCCGCUUAGUCGGCCGGUUGCAGUCUCCCUGGCAGACCCCUCAGGGGGUCCUGUCCUUGCCCACUUCUCCACUGUCUUAGCCUGUCCGGUGGCCCCUUCUAACACCCUCUCAGGUCUUUACCUCCCCUCGUUCUCUACGAACUUGGUGAGUGGUGCUGAUCUACAGGAUGGGGGGGUUGACCAGUUCACUCCUGCGAGUGUUUGCUGCAGCGUACCGCUCUUGUCCUGA